AUUCGCACUUCCAAAUUGCUAUAAGUCAAAAUAUAGGGUAGUCGGGCGGUCCACUCCUUCGUCGACAAUCGUCGGGCGUGUGUCGGUACCGUUUGUUUAAGUGAUUAUAUACGACGUGUUUAGAUAUUAACGCCGACAACGUGUCGAUCAAAUGCGCCGUGCUUCAGUGGCCUUUUACAUAAUAUUUUGAACUGAGAGGCGGCAGACAUUGUGUGUUAACAUGGGGUGCAGUGCGAGGUACUGUUUACUGGCAAUAUCCUUGUGUCUUGUGACUGAAAAUGCGAUCGGAGUGAGAGUGGUACCCAAGCGGACGCAAGAUGGGUUAAAUGAAGCAGAUGACCAGUCAACAUCAGCUUCCUGGUGGUCGGCAGGCACAGCAACCCCUUUCCGAGAAAGUUCAAGUAAUUCAUUCGCGUCCACUCAUGGAAUCGUCCAGACUCACCCAUCUCUGGACGACCCGUUCGGAUCUUUCGGAUCCAUUGGGAGCACAGUUGGGCCGUCUUCGAAUCCAUUCGCACAAACUAGCGGCAGCGGUCCGCUAAGUGGUGGCAUUCGAAACAAACCCUUACCACCUUUGGCUAGAAGUGCCAAUGGAAAGCCUAAUCUAAAACACUUGGACUUCACAAGUAGUGCCACAGCUGAAUUAAGACGAAAUCCUGCACUGUCUGCCCCCGAUGAGUGUGCCAGAGCUUGCAGAGAAAAUGAACCACCGAGAAUAUGUUAUUAUCACUUCACGCUUGAAUUGUACACCGUAUUAGGAGCGGCUUGUCAAGUGUGUACGCCUAAUGCAACAAAUGUGGUAUGGUCUCACUGCCAGUGCGUCUUAGCCGAUGGUGUAGAACGAGGUAUCCUUACUGCAAACAGAAUGUUACCAGGACCCUCUAUCCAGGUCUGCGAGAAUGACAAAGUUGUUAUCGAUGUAGAGAAUCAUAUGGAAGGUAUGGAGGUAACAAUUCAUUGGCAUGGAAUCUGGCAGAGAGGAUCCCAAUACUAUGACGGUGUACCAUUUGUUACACAGUGUCCUAUCCAACAAGGAAAUACUUUCAGAUAUCAAUGGCAAGGUAACGCUGGUACUCACUUCUGGCACGCUCACACCGGUCUUCAAAAACUUGACGGAUUGUAUGGAAGCAUUGUCGUUCGCCAACCACCAUCCAAAGAUCCGAACAGCCAUUUAUAUGACUACGAUCUGACUACUCACGUCAUUUUACUCAGCGACUGGCUUCAUGAGGAUGCGGCUGAGAGAUACCCUGGUCGUCUCGCUGUCAACACUGGUCAAGAUCCCGAAUCUGUUUUGAUCAACGGAAAGGGACAAUUUAGAGAUCCUAACACUGGCUUUAUGACCAAUACUCCAUUGGAAGUAUUCACGAUCACACCAGGAAGGAGAUACAGAUUUAGAAUGAUCAGUGCUUUUGCUUCAGUAUGUCCUGCACAGUUAACUGUUGAAGGUCACAACCUAACUAUAAUUGCUACAGAUGGAGAACCAGUGCAGCCAGUUCAAGUGAACACAAUCAUAUCAUUCUCAGGCGAACGUUACGAUUUUGUUAUUGAAGCAAAUAAUAUUCCUGGAGCUUACUGGAUCCAAGUCAGAGGCCUUGGAGAGUGUGGUACAAAGAGAGCACAACAAUUGGCUAUCCUUAGAUACGCACGAGGACCUUACCAGCCGUCUACCCAAGCACCCACAUAUGAUGUUGGCUUACCACAGGGAGUGGUGAUGAAUCCAUUGGACGCGAGAUGUAAUGUGCCAAGAAAUGACGCUGUAUGUGUAAGUCAACUGAGGAAUGCAAGAAAUAUUGACCCCGCCAUUCUUCAGGAGAGGCCGGAUGUUAAAAUAUUUUUGCCUUUCCGUUUCUUCCUAUACAGACCCGAAAUGUUGUUCCAACCGAACACAUACAACCGAUAUUUAGUUGCCCCUCAGGGAGACCAUGUAAUCAGUUUAAUCGAUGAAAUUUCCUACAUGGCUCCACCGGCGCCAUUAAUUAGUCAGUAUGACGAUAUCAAUCCAGAACAAUUCUGUAAUGGCGAUAACCGACCAGCCGACUGUGGUCAAAACUGUAUGUGUACCCACAAAGUCGACAUACCGCUCAAUGCUGUGGUAGAGAUUGUACUUGUAGAUGAAGUUCAAAUCGCAAACUUGUCUCAUCCGUUCCACUUGCACGGAUAUGCUUACAACGUUAUUGGUAUCGGUCGAUCGCCCGACACAAAUGUCAAGAAAAUCAACUUGAAACAUGCCCUUGACCUCGACAGACGAGGUCUCCUCGAACGUCAUCUGAAGCAAGGGGAUCUCCCGCCCGCCAAGGAUACUAUUGCCGUACCAAAUAAUGGCUACGUCAUCCUUCGUUUUAGAGCCAACAAUCCUGGAUUCUGGCUUCUUCACUGUCACUUCCUUUUCCACAUAGUGAUUGGCAUGAACGUGGUACUGCAAGUCGGAACCCAGGCUGAUCUUCCCCCUGUACCUCCAAACUUCCCAACAUGCGGCGACCACCUCCCACCAAUCUCGCUCAACUAAAUCGGUUCCUAUAACAAUUUCCAAUUCUUGUACUGGCAGGAAUAAAUAAAUCAGUUGAUUAAUUAUGUUAACUAAGUGUAAAUUUAUGUUUGUUAUGUGUGAUGUGUUCGGCUGAUUCGAAGUGCUCGAUUCGGCCGUAUGUGUUUAUUUUGUAUUCGAAUGAUUCCACGAGAGUUUUGACGGUCUUGUGAUUUUAUUUAAGGUGAUACUCUUUGUUUUCUUCGAGAAUACUUCAACACCAUUUUAUGCCAUACUCGGUGAUAUUUAUGUAACCUUAAUUAUAUUGCCUUAAAAUAUAAUAUAUCGUCUGAGGCUCGUGUAUCUGUAACUUCUUCUUAUACAAUAAGGGACCCUUUCUCUUGACAUGAACUUGUUUGUUCUGUAACUAACAACUUGCCAUUUUAUAGUUCACCAAGGAUAUUUAUUACGUGUAUAUAUUUAAAUUGUACUAGAAUUAUUUUCUUAACAUUUUAGGUUUUUGUACCCGUUACUAACCAAAUACUGCAUGAAACACAAAUUCUUAAUAGGUGUAUAUAAAUAGACAGCAAUACUUGUAAAUACACAAUAUAGUUUGCAAAAACGACAUAAAUUCCAUAGGCAUUGAAGACUGUAAAUAAAUAUGUUUAGAUAAUAACCGUGUCUACCGAAAUCGUUACCAUUUUCUUGUUACCAUUAUAUUAAGGUAAAACACUUGAAUAACUGAAUUUGUGCCAACUGACAUUUAAGAAAUGUACUGGUAUACCACUAGUCUCCAAAAAAAAGUACGAGUACGAAAUUCAAUGUUUGUCUAGAAUUAUACGAUUAGAAAUAUUGCUGAUAGUACCGUACUUUAGCAAUGAAUAAUAAUAACAUUCUAUACUUUAGAUUAUUAUAAGAAAAUUGUAAA